AGGAUCAAAACAAAAACAUUGUUAGAGAUUUGACAGAGCCAUGCUUGAAAAUAGAGAAGAAGGAGAGAGAAAAGCAACAUGAAUUCCCCUUAAUAGUUAUGAAUUAUACUCAUAGAACUCAAGGACACGAUAGUCCUAACAAACUAAGCCAUUCAGUUUGUAUUUUUGGAGCCAGUGAAGGGUCGUUUGAGAGAGAACGAGCACUCGUUUCUCGGAACCACCAAAGACAAAGAAAAAAAUUUUCUCCGCGUUCUUUGUAAACCUUCGUCAUGACAGAAGUAGUUGGAGACUUCUGCUACAAUAAGAAAGACCUUAUAGGUCAUGGAGCAUUUGCUGUCGUCUUUAAGGGGCAUCAUACAAAGAAAGAAGAUUUUGUGGUGGCAAUAAAGGUUAUAUCCAAGAAGAACUUGUCCAAAACCCAAAACCUUUUGGCAAAGGAAAUAAAAAUCUUAAAGGAACUCCAUCACGAAAAUGUUGUUGCAUUAUAUGAUUGUCAGGAAAGACCAAACAAUGUCUACCUGGUUAUGGAGUACUGCAAUGGAGGAGAUCUUGCUGACUAUCUUCAAGCAAAAGGAACUCUGAGUGAAGACACAAUUAGGAUAUUCCUUAAACAGAUAGCUUCUGCUAUGGGUACACUUCAGUCGAAGGGAAUAAUGCACAGGGAUUUGAAACCUCAGAAUCUUCUUUUAAGUUACACUGGCACCUCAAAUCCAUCUCCUUCUGACAUCAAGAUCAAAAUUGCUGACUUUGGGUUUGCAAGGUUUCUUCCUGGUGAGAUGAUGGCUGCAACUCUUUGUGGUUCUCCCAUGUACAUGGCCCCUGAAGUGAUCAUGUCCAAAGCAUAUGAUGCUAAGGCAGACCUUUGGAGUCUUGGUACCAUCGUCUAUCAGUGUCUCACUGGUAAAGCUCCAUUUACGGCAAAUAGCCCUCAAGCACUGAAGAAGUUUUAUGAGAAGAACAAAGGAAUAUGCCCCAACAUUCCUGCUGGUACAUCAAGUCACAUCAAGGAUUUACUGACAGGGCUUCUAAAACGAAACCCAAAAGAUAGAAUGGACUUUGGUGAAUUUUUCUCACAUCCUUUUCUGACUGGAAGAAUUGUACAAAGGUCUUCUACACCUGUGGCUGUACCAUCAAGACAUAGACAUCACAGUGGAUGUUCGCAAGGAACAAGAUCCUCUGGCUCAAACUCUCCUAGUUAUGGAGCUGAGGCUUUAGGAGAUAUUCGGGUAGACCUGCUGCACCGUAUGACACCCCCAUACGAUAUAACAGGUACUUCCCCUCAGGAUCCUCACCCUGUCAGCCAAGGUAGUCUGGAACACAGCCCUGUUAAUGCUUAUUGUAAUCGAGGUCAGAGGUCAUCAGGAACGCUCAUGCCUAGUCCUCCUCGUCUAACCCAAGCUGAUGAUGACGUGGAACCCGAGGAUUUCGUCAUUGUUCCGAAUAACCUUGAUAGCGAUGGUACACCGAGAGCAAAGGUAACAUGGGAUCUUUAUUUUCCGCAUGAAUGCCAAUCAUCACCUCCCAGAAACACAGAUGCAAAGUUGUUUAACCCAGUCUCCCCUCAGCAAAUGUCUCCACGAUCGCCACCUCGCAGAGCAACAUUCAUGGUUGGCUCUUCAUCGCCCAACUCACCUCCCACAAGACCCCGAGCCCAUUCCGCCAGUAAUCAGCCAUCAACUUCUCAAGGUAGUCCUCGAGGUAUGCCCCAACAAUCCUCUGUUCCCAUUUCUCGACGUGUCAGAACGAACUCCUCUCCAGGUCCUCGUCCAAACGUAUCUCCCUGUUCCCAGUCCUCUACUCCGGUCCCUGUGCCUCGGAAAAGCUCUUCUCCAGGAAGCCCAACGGAAGCUCUACCUUACAAGCCAACGCAGGAAACCGGCAGAAAAAUCUUCCUUCCAAGUAAAGGAUCCGUUCCUGUUGUUUCAAGGACUCUCCCAAGUCCAUCUUAUUUAAAGGGGGCACAGUCACCUACUGACACCGUAGCGCCAUCCUUGGUCACAGCGGUCGCCAAAACCUUUACUGACAACUCUAAAGUAGGGUUUCAUAAACUGGCCAACUUGAAUGCGGUACCACAGAUAACCGCUGAUACAGUAAGUAUGGAACCUCUAGGACGACCUCCACCUGGAACUAUUAGACGAGCUUUGUCUAAUAUUGAAGGAUCAAGAAACCCGUCUAGUUCUUCUCCUCUUCUUUCUGCUUUGGCCAGACAGACCAACCCUGGCCUUGUGACUUUGGAGACGCUCUCCGAAGGCACUGAAGCAAGGCCGAUAUUAAAAGUGCAUAGCUCGCCUGCUAUUUUAGCCACAGCUAUGGGUCUGCAUCGAAACAGAUCGUUUGGCCUGUUGAAUACUGGGCAGCUUCAGUUAGGACUAAGCACCAGUCAAUCGCCGCGACGUCAUUCUAGUGGCGCGCCACUUUCACCACAGGGAGGCAACGAACCAACUCUUCCUACCUCAUCUACUCCAUCCCAUCUUCCUCCCAUCCCAGGAUCUCCUACCAAGUCUCUUCAUACGAGUCACGUCGAGGAGGAGGCUGAACUCAAGCCUCUACGUGGGUUGUUUACCGCCGGGUCGUCACCUCCUUCGGCCGCCAUGAAGGCAGGUGGUAUCAUACCUUUCCAUUCUUUACCAAAGUAUACUGGUCAAGAAGCUGUGAGCAAUGAUAUUCCCGCUCUCGUUAUGCCUGACAAAGGUACUAAAGUUACUCGAGGCUUUUCCCAGAGUUCUUCGUCUACCAGCCAUGUAGUAGAACCUUGUUCUCCCGAAAUGGAGGGUACGAUUGCACUUGUCGCUCCAGACCUACCUGAAGACACGCUCUUGGAGACCGAACAUACUGAUGGAGUACGCAAGCUGUCUUUCGCUUUAUCCCUGGUCGACGCCAUCUUGGUUGUCAUACGAGCUAGAGGUGCCCCGCUGACCACGCUUGCUGACUCAAUCGCAAUACGAAUGAAUGAAAGCGUCUUAACUGAUCAAAUCGGUAGCAUUAGCGAGGAAUGCAGGACCACAGAACAGCUUGUUCUGUACCUGAAGGCGCUGCGUAUCUCAAGUCUUGCUUUACGUUUCGCUCAGGAGGAACUCCAAGAACAUCGCCUGAAACCUUCCAAUGCUGUCAAGAAUGUGGUGAACGACCUGAACAAUCGCUACCGACAGUGUUUGGACAGAACAGCGCGAAUCAAGUCCUUUUUACAGUCCAAAUCGAUGACAACGGAUAAGAUUAUAACAGCCAAUGCUGAUAAAUUGAUGUAUACCUAUGCAAUGGAACUGUGUCAAAAUGCAGCUUUGGAUGAGCUGUUUGGUAACCCAAAAGAGUGCCGUGAGAAGUACGAAACAGCACAGUUAUUGUUACAAGGGCUAGAAGAAGAUGUCAAGAAGGACACUGACUUGGUUUUAUUACAAAAAUAUAAAACGAAUGUAGACAGACGUUUGACUCAACUAGCCCGCCGUAAGACAAGCGUCAACGUACGCUGAUCACGUGAUUACACGUCCUUCGUGACUGGAUAGGUUUGUGGCCGGCACAUAUAUUCUUCAGAUGCGGGUGUGUUCGCAAGUCUAGCAAGUUUAGCUGAACUAAUGUAUAUAUGAAUAUAUAUAUAUCCUUUAAAAUAUCAGCCUUAUGUUAUUGUUUGCUGUAAAGUAAGUAACAGAUAUUCGCUUUCGAUAAUGUAUUGUAUUAACAGGGCGGAUGUGACGUUAUUUAUUCAAGUUGUAUUAGCAGGGCUAAGCUGUAAUGACAGGAACAAGACCUCUUAAAAAAAGUCAUUCCGCCUUUCCAGACCUUUCACACAGCUAUUUGACACAACUUUACGUAAUUAAAACUGACGUGGCAUGUGACUAUGACGUAAUUAGGCUACCAUGGCGCAUGCCAUGUGGCACAUGCUAUUUGAUUAUAUCUUAUGGUAAUUAUCAUGGGUAUUUAUAGCUAGUAUAUUUCCACAGCCAAGUGAUGGGGAAGAGAUUUGGAAAAGUGGAUUUAUCGUGAAAUAAAGGAUAGUAAUAUGUACCGUGUUACCAUAGUUACCCGCCUCUUGUGGUAACUAUGAUGAAUGACGUCAUUGAAUGGUACACGAGAUGAGAGAGGUCCGUAAGAGGACUUAUUAAAAUGGUAUAUGAUGUAAUACGGCACAGUAAUGACGUGUUACGAAAGUAAUUAUGAUGAAUGACGUCAUUGAAUGGUAUACGAGAUGAGAGAGGUCCGUGAGAGGACUUAUUAAAAUGGUGUAUGAUGUAAUACGCCACAGUAAUGACGUGUUACGAUAGUAAUUAUGAUGAAUGACGUCAUUGAAUGGUACAC